CAUGGCAACACUGCACAACAUCCCAUAAGGGCAGGAAAAGCGCGUUAUGAAAAGGAAUACAUGGGAAAACUGCAGCGCUUUUUGUCUUAUAAGUAUAGAUUUAAGGUUGGUGCUCGGUGACUAUAAACCUCCCCUAAAGCGCUUAGUUGGAAUCGGUAGAAGAAUAGAACUUUAUUAGGCAGCAUAGCAGCACAAGUUGCUAGGCUAAUUAGUUAGCUAGGUUAACGUGUGUACAAAAGUCCACUUGCAUAAAGUGAAUGGCUAAAUAACUAUAAUCCACUCCGCUGCAAAGUUGUGUCAUAAUCAGAGCCGGCAUGAAAAGUUAGCACAUUAUAUAAUGAUAGAUAAUAACAGCUAUGGAAGAGGACCUGUGUGAUCUCCACUUGAGUCUUGACUGCGGUGAGAAUGCGCUAAAAUCCCCGAGCCGAGGCUCUGCGCGUCGAGGUGAUGAUUCUUCAGAGCAUCAAAUGAAUCAUGACUCAUCCGACAUCUUUUAUCUAAGCAGACAGAAGCUGAAGGUCAUUCCAGACUAUGUGCGCAAGUACACUCCACUCAAGAAUUUGUAUCUUGAAGGAAAUGAGUUGUCCAGUCUCCCAGACAAUCUGUUCAGCAGUCUGCCACAUUUGCUUUGGCUGGACCUGAGAAAUAACCAGCUCACUUGUCUUCCUGCUGAUAUCGGUCAGCACAGAUGCUUGAAAACGAUGCUGCUGGAGGGGAACCUGAUUACAGAACUUCCAGUGGAGUUAGGUAAUACGAUCACACUACGAGCUCUGAGCCUGAGGAACUGUCCCAUCUCGUUCCCGCCGCAGGAAGUGCUGCAGCAGGGUCUCGCACACAUCCUGCAGUUCCUGCGUCGCACAGCCGUGGCUCAGCGGCCCCUCAGCAUGCACAGCGCGCACACGGCUUUAGACGUGCCAGCUGUGGAGAAGCUGCCACUGUCCGAGAUUCUCCAGUCUAGCCUGGAUCUGUCUGAGGCGGAUGACAAUGAGAUCCACCGCUUCAAGGAGCUCAGGCAGCGAAUGAUCCAGAUGGACAGAGCAGAUCUCGGGCACGUUACACCGGUCAAUUCACCGCAGCACCACCUACGAGCAGCAGAGGGAGACAGAUCUCACCAAACUCAUCCUCCAUCCAUCAAAAGGGAUCAAGAGUUAACAAGAGGAAUGUUCUCGGAGCUUCCUCCAUGUGAUGUGCAGAACUGGAGGAGAUCAGAGGAGAGAAGAUUGGCUGCCAUGAGGGAGUUAAAGGAAAAACAAGCUUCACUAGAACAAAAAAGGAAAAAUGAGGAGCUGUUGCAGGAGUGGAGAAACCAGGCCAAGAUCAUGCAGGAGAGAAAGAUACUGGAACACAAGCAGGACCAGAGUGAGAGACACCGGAAAGAUGAGUGUCUGAAGAAUGCUGCUGACACCUCCACUAAUCCAAACAACAGUGGCGAUGCUCUGAAUAACGACUCACUCAGCGAAGCCCAUAACACUCAACAGACAUCAUUAAGAACACGAAAGGAGACAAAGGAGGCCAGGGAGGUAAGGGACCGGGAGCUUGAGCAGCGCAUCAGGACUCAUGUUCAGAUGAUGCAGCAGAGACGCAGAAGACCCCGAGGCUCACCUGCGGAAGAGGCGAAGGCAGCGGCUCAAGAGAUGCAGGAGGUAAAACAGCUGCAGAUGGAGCUUGCUGAAAGGAGACGGGUGAAAGAUCUGGAGUAUCGCUUGAGUGCCUUCACUGGAGAGGUUUCUUAUGAUAAAUAACUUGAACUCGACUCACAUUUUAUGAUAAAUAACCUGCUAGUACCUGUACAAGCUGCAGUAUUACAGGCCCUCAGUGUAAUGUGUGGAAGUGGGGGUGCGCUGCUUACUUCAUUACUGAUAAAGAUGGUGAGUUUGA